UGUGCAAAUCAAGUCAAGUCAACAUGAAGCUGGCUCUGGUCGCCCUGUCCUGUCUGCUGUUGGCCGCCAACGCUCGCGUCCUCGACCAGUACGAGGAAAUCGAGCUCGACUACCACGAGAAUGUAGGCAUCCCCAGGGCGGAAGCCAUCCGCCAGGCGGAGCUCGCCGCGGACUUCGAUGGCAGCAGGAUUGUGGGCGGCUCCACCGUCAGCCGACUCGGGGAAUGGCCCUUCAUGGGUGGUCUCGUCAUCGCGCUGACUGAUGGGCGACAAUCCGCGUGCGGGUCCUCCUUGCUGUCUGGGACCAAACUGGUAACCGCCGCUCACUGCUGGCGUACGCGCGGCGCCCAGGCACGUCAGUUCACCGUCGUGCUCGGCUCUCUGCGCCUCUUCUCCGGCGGCACCCGCAUUAACACCAACCGCGUCGAGAUGCACGGCAGCUACAAUAUGGACACCCUUGUCAAUGACAUCGCCAUUAUUACCAUCAACAGAGUCAACCUUAACAACAAUAUCAACGUAAUCGCCAUCGCUUCUGGCAGUAACAGCUACGCCGGCGCCUGGGCGCGCGCCGCUGGCUUCGGACUGACCAGAGACGGAGGCAGCAUCGGCAACAACCAAGCGCUGUCUCACGCCCGCGUUCAGGUUAUCACCAACGACGUGUGCCGCCGCACCUUCGGUAACACCAUCCAGUCCUCCACGCUCUGCAUCAGCGGCGCCAACCGCGUCAGCACCUGCAGCGGAGACUCCGGCGGUCCUCUCACCACCGACGACAGGAGAACACUGAUCGGUGUGACGUCAUUCGGUUCGAUCCGCGGCUGCCAACAUAACUUGCCCGCCGGCUUCGCUCGCGUCACCUCCUUCAACUCCUGGAUCCGCGCCCGCAUGUAACCUGCCUUCUACACUAGCGCUGAUGUGAUGAUAUACAAUUGACUUAAAUAUACGAUACUUUGAUUAUA